UCAAAAACCCCAAAACAUGAGCCGAUUAGGGUUUUAGCAUUGGCACGAAGAGUAGGAGACGAGAAACUCAUGCGACAACAUUUAGGUAACUACUUCUAAACCCAGCACAAGAAGUAGAGAAAAAACCUACUGUAAUAUCUCGAAAACCUUUUCUUCUUCUUUUAAUCUGCCCUGAAAUUCAAUGUUUCUUCAUAGUGGUGCCAAAUUGUGCCGUAGGUAUCUUCCCUCCACGCUUACCAAGAACCCCAGCUCUAGGUCUCAGGUUCACGCAUUCAGUCCACUGAAUUCUAAAUCUUGCGCAGAUAUAGUCAAUAAUUGUUUCGGUAACUUAAGCCUCCUUAGCUCUUUGAGGGGUUUCAAUUCAUUUCCCUCAGUUUUUCUUGUAUCAAGCAACCUUUUGUUUACUGGUAAACUUAGUUACAUUCGGAGCCCUUCUAUGUUGAGGAAUUACUGUUCUGAGAAUAACAGCGAUGGUGGAUAUGGUGAGUGGACUGAGAACGUAGAGUAUUUAGAUGAGUCAGGCAGUAUUAUAUACAGCGGCAAGGGCAUAAGAUCUGUUGAACCAGGAGUUGAUGACCAUGUUAUGAUUGGUUCGUUAAAGAAGCCGUUCUUCAAUGCCUCUGCAGUUGCAAAGCUUGUUGAGGUUGUGAAGAGGUGGAAAUGGGGGCCAGAACUAGAGGCUCAAUUGGCAAAACUACAAUUUGUGCCAAAUAUGGUACAUAUAACUCAAGCCUUGAAGUUGAUUAAAGAUAGCGAAUCAUCAUUAAGUUUGUUUAGAUGGGCCAAGAGGCAACCUUGGUAUUCACCAACAGAUGAGUGUUAUACCAUUUUGUUUGAGGGGCUGAACCUGAAUAGAGAUUUCAACGGGAUCCAGUCUCUGUUUGAUGAAAUGGUUCUGGACUCGAGUAAUAAUGGGACGUCCUCUUUUAGUGCAUAUAAUCAGGUGAUUCAGUAUUUAGCUAAAGCUGAGAAAUUAGAGGUGUCAUUUUUUUGUUUCAAGAAGGCUCUGGAAUCUGGCUGUAAAAUCGACACGCAAACAUACAACACUAUUAUGACAUUGUUUCUCGAUAGGGGUUUGCCUUAUAAGGCUUUUGAGAUUUACGAAAGCAUGGAAGCAGUUGGAUGUUCAUUGGAUUGUCCAACCUACGAGUUGAUGAUACCAAGUUUGGCAAAAUCAGGUCGGCUUGAUUCAGCUCUUAAGCUCUUCCAAGAAAUGAAAGUAAGGAAUCUUCGGCCAAGCUUUAAUAUCUUUGCAUCACUUGUUGAUUCAAUGGGUAAAGCUGGGAGAUUGGACACGUCAAUGAAGGUGUUCAUGGAAAUGCAGGGUUCGGGACUUAGGCCAUCCACUAACAUGUAUGCUUCUUUGAUUGAAUCAUUUGCAAAGGCUGGCAAGUUAGACACUGCAUUUAAGCUUUGGGAUGAGAUGAAAAAAGCAGGUUUUAGGCCAAAUUUUGGCUUGUAUACAAUAAUUAUUGAGUCCCAUGCAAAAUCAGGGAAACUUGAUAUUGCAAUGUCGACCUUCAAAGAUAUGGAGAAGGCAGGGUUUUUACCAACUCCAUCAACCUAUUCAUGUCUACUUGAGUUGCAUGCUGCCUCUGGACAAGUAGAUUCUGCCAUGAGGCUCUACAAUUCAAUGAUAAAUGCCGGGUUGAGACCAGGCCUAAGUACUUAUACUUCCCUUCUUACCCUUUUGGCCAAUAAGAAGCUUGUGGAUGUGGCAGCUAAAAUACUACUUGAAAUGAAGGCCAUGGGCUAUUCUGCUGAUGUGAGUGCUAGUGAUGUUCUGAUGGUUUAUAUUAAAGAUGGUUCUAUUGAUCUUGCUUUGAGGUGGCUAAAGUUUAUGGGGUCAUCAGGCAUUAAAACAAAUAAUUUUAUAAUCAGACAGUUGUUUGAAUCAUGUAUGAAAAAUGGUUUGUAUGAGUCAGCCAAGUCUCUUCUUGAGACCUAUGUGAACUCUGCUGCAAAGGUGGAUCUCAUUCUUUACACAUCUAUUCUUGCACAUCUAGUAAGAUGCCAGGAAGAGCAGGAUGAGAGGCAUUUGAUGUCAAUACUUAGUUCUACAAAACAUAAGGCCCACACUUUCAUGUGUGGGCUCUUCACUGGUCCGGAACAAAGGAAGCAACCAGUCUUAUCAUUUGUAAGGGAAUUCUUUCAGGGUAUUGAUUAUGAGAUUGAAGAAGGUGCUGCAAGGUAUUUUGUGAACGUUCUCCUCAAUUACCUUGUUCUUAUGGGCCAGAUUAAUCGAGCUCGAUGUUUUUGGAAAGUUGCUUAUGAAAACAAGCUUUUCCCAAAGGCAAUUGUCUUUGACCAGCAUAUUGCGUGGUCCUUGGAUGUUAGGAAUUUAUCAGUGGGAGCUGCUCUUAUUGCUGUUGUUCACACCCUGCAUAGAUUCAGAAAACGUAUGUUAUAUUACGGUUUUGUUCCAAGACGAAUUAAAUUAGUGACAGGACCCACACUGAGGAUUGUUGUUGCACAGAUGUUGAGCUCCGUAGAAUCUCCAUUUGAGGUCGGUAAGGUUGUUUUGCGGGCACCAGGCGACUCUGUCAUGGAAUGGUUUAAGAAACCAAUUGUUCAACAGUUUCUUCUGAAUGAGAUUCCAUCCAGGGCUGACAUCCUUAUGCACAAGCUUAACAUUCUCUUUCCUAGCUCAGCACCUGAAGUAAGAUCAUUAUCACCUCCCAAACCACUAAUGUCAGGGAAAGCAAUAAAUUGGUAGGCAAACUUGAGAUGAGAUACAGCUAUGUACUUGUCAAGAAACUGCCAAAGCCACUGAUAAUAUAAUGCAGAAGAAAAGGUAAAAA